AUGUUCAUGUGGCGCCUCUUGCUGUUUGGCUUUCAUUUUGAGGUGCUAAUCCAGCAUCUGUGCUUUCUCCAGCCUUCAUACACAGAAUUUGACAUCAGUGGCAAUGUCCUCGCUCUGAUCUUCAACCAAGGCAUGAUCUGGAUGGGCUCCUUCUUUGCUCCUAGCCUCCCAGGCAUCAAUAUCCUCCGACUCCACACAUCCAUGUACUUCCAGUGCUGGGCGGUGAUGUGCUGCAAUGUUCCUGAGGCCAGAGUCUUCAAAGCGUCCAGAUCCAACAAUUUCUACCUGGGCAUGCUGCUGCUCAUCCUCUUCCUGUCCACCAUGCCCGUCCUGUACAUGAUCGUCUCCCUGCCGCCGUCUUUCGAUUGUGGUCCCUUCAGUUUGGCCAUCUAUUAUCUCAAUGCUACUGCCAAGGGCCAGAAAGCAGCAAAUCUGGAUGUAAAAAAGAAGAUGAAACUGCAGCAGCUGCUGGUGGCCAGUAACUUCCACAAAUUUCCUGGGGGCACAGAAGUACUCUUCACCUUCCUGUUUAAUAUAAGGAGCCGUGUGAAAGGCCAGUGA